UUUGUUUUUGCAUGAUCUCUCCAAAAUCACAUCCAUGCCCAAAUCCGAAUCUUUCUUCCUCUCCCCCAGAAAACUAUUAUUAUUAUUAUUAUUAUUUUAGUCUAAACAUAAAACAAAAGACAAUAAUUAAAAUUGAAAAUUCCUAUUUGCUCCCCUCCACCCCUUUCUCCUUCUAACUCAUUCCUCUGUUUGAUUCAGACAUGGGCACCCUUCCCGAUUCCUUCUUAUUCUCUCUGAUUUUCCUCUUCACCGUCGUCUCUCCAGCCGCCGCCGCCCUCCCCGGCGAUCCUUCACUAAACCUUUUGCUUCCUCACCCAAUUUUGUAUCGCUUCAAGGCCAUACAGGAAACUGUCUUUGAUGCUUCUCCAUCUCCCCCACCGCCGCCGUUGCCCUCUCCUCCUCCACCGGAAGACAAACCCGUCUACUCUCCGUUCCGGCCUAGCAUGGCGGUGGUUGUCGGCGUUCUCACUACCACUUUCUCUAUCACGUUCCUUCUUCUUCUCUACGCUAAGCACUGCAAGCGUGGGAAUGCGGUGGUGGUUGGGUACUCGAGAUAUCCCAAUUCGGUGAUAGGUGCUCCGAGCUUCACGACGAGGAAGAACUCCGGCAUUGACCAGGCGGUAAUUGAAUCGCUGCCGAUUUUUCGAUUUGGGUCGUUGAGCGGUCAAAAGGAAGGCCUUGAAUGCGCCGUUUGCCUCGACAAAUUCGAGCAAACGGAGAUUCUUAGACUCCUUCCGAAAUGCAAACACGCGUUCCAUGUCGAGUGUGUCGAUACUUGGCUUGAUGCCCACUCUACUUGCCCUCUCUGCCGUUACCGAGUCGACCCGGAGGACGUCUUAUUAAUCGAAGACGUCAAUAUAUUUCUCUACAACCCGGCGCCGGCACCGCCUCCGCUGCCUCCGCCGCGGGAUUCAAACUCCAAGGAUGUAGUAUUGAACUUAGAACAGGGGAGAAAAAGUGGUAAGGCUGGAUCCGGGAGAGUCUCCGGCAGACACUCAUCGGUGGGUGAGAAGCGAACCGGUGAAUCCAGUCGCCGAGAUCCGGCAUUGUUGAGACGAUCCCUCGACAGCAAGAGCAGCGAAACGGUGGCCAUCGGGUGCUUCGAUCGGCACCGGAAGGACGGGCUACUUUUGCCGGACGAGAAAACUAAUCAGAAUCAGAGCAGAUUCGAGCACCGGAUCAUAGUGUCGCCGAGGGCGCCGGUGGUGGUACAGGGGCAGCAGAGAUGGAGCGAUGUACAUGCGUCGGAUUUGCUGUAUCUACGGUCAGAAAUGAUAAUAUCUGACAGCCGCAGGUUCUCGGUAGCUUCAUUACCACCGGAAUUAAAGAGACAGCGACGGAUGGGGAUCAUGGGGAAGCAUGCCGGAAAAGGGACCGGGUUGAUGAUGGCAGACGUGUAAUAAAUAACGGUGUCAGAUUCAGAAAUCACGGACCCAACCAGCUUCUAGAACAGAGCAAACCCUCCCUCCCCCCAAAAAAAAGGGUAAAAAAACAGAGUAACCAACCCAUUCCAAUUUUCUCCACUCCACCAACCCAUCACCGUCGAAAUGUACCGGCGGACGGGGGUGCUGGCGGCGGAGAGAGGAUCGGCCAAAAGGGGAAAACAGCGGAGGGGGAGAGGGAAAAGCGGAUCUUGAAAGGGACAUGGAGGGCAAUAGAAUUAACGGGGAUGAGAAGGGGAUUCUUAGUUUUUUCUUUUUAUAUAUGUUAAAAUUAAAAAAAAAAUAGAUUUUUUUCUUUUUUGUGGGUAGGGAAAAAUAGUGUAGGAAUAACGAACCUAUAAUUUUUAUUUUUAUUUUCAUUUUGUUACAUACCAUGUUGUCCCACGUUUCAUGUUUGGCUCUAUGAUGUGCUCUUCCAAUGUUCUAUGUGAUAUGAUAUGAUAACCUUUUUUUUUCA